GUUUUUAGCGGCUACUCAGUUACAUCAGAUCCUCUGUAUGGGUAUAAAAAAAAGACUCUAAAGGAGUAUUGGAUUUCUUCUGUAAACUCAUUGACUCGUUUUAUUGUUAUUGCGGUGCAAAAAAGGCCUUUCCAGGCCAUAUCGCUGACACCAAACUUGCGGUAUAAAAAGGGCCGAUCUGCUCUCUGUGCACUAGAAGCAUCACACUUGUUUGGAUUUUGUUGUGCACAUACUUCACACAGUCUUCACAGGUAACAGACAUGUCAGGGAAAGUUAUUGUGGUGUUCGCACUGUUGGCUGCGCUGCUAGUGUGCUCUGCAGCCAGAGAGGCUAAAGAGGCUCAUCUACUAAAGCAGCUUCUAGCCAAGAGGGAGAGAGUGGGAGGCUCGGCAGGCAGACAGGAGCCGGCGCCUCAGGCUCCCUCUGCACGGAUGGAGAGACGGGCACACCUUUCUGAGGAUGAACGGGAGAUUAUGACCAAGCAAAUAAUGCAAGCGAUUUCAGAGAUGACGAACUCCGAGUGCAUGUCGGAUCGGGACUACCAGGGCUGGGUGGACUUCGGACGCCGGGACGCAGAAUGAGACGACGACCCGAGGGCUCAGACUCGCCGCUUUUUGUUCACAUUUUAUAUGAAGUCAACUUUCACUGCAACUUUAUAA